UCAUCACAAAUACAUGAAUAACAAACUAAAACGCCAUGACGGCUACUGUUGCUAGGUGGUAGGAAUGUUUCAGCUCUGUUGUAAUCAUAUGAUGCCGCCUUCAUAUAAGUUGCCAUCAUUGACUAAAAGGUCAUUAUACAGCAUGACUAUGCAUAUUCCUACCACAUAGCAUAUACUUAUAUUCCACAAAUAUUUGUACAACCUUGCCCAACUUUACACCCAUAGCCCAACAAUGAGUACUCAUCCCCACUUUGUUGUUUGUUUGUUUGUUUGUUUAUUGAGACAGUAUUUCACUGUGUAGCCCUCCCUGGCUGUCCUGGAACUUCUUCUGUAGACCAAGCUGACCUCUAAGUCAUAGAGAUCCACCUGUCUCUGCCUCCCGAGUGCUGGGGUUAAAGGUGUUCGCCACCACUGCCUGGCUCAUACCCACUUCCUAUAGAUACAUCUUUCUGUCCAGUGUUCAGGAUCGAACUCAGCCUUGUGCAUGCUAGUCAAGUACUCUGACACUGAGCUACAUCCCUAGCCUAAUACAUCUGUCAUUCUAACUUUUCUGGGUCUUAGUGCACUUUGAGACCCUCUCAGUGUCUUUACAGGCACAGAAAUAAAUACAUUCUUAUCUGGAGUCUGGAGAGGUCAUGGAUAAAACCCUUCAGAAGACUAUAGACAUGUCUAUAAGUGGAAAGAAGCAGAGUCUGAUGAAGCCUGGCCUUCAUCUACAAAGGUAGACACCAACGUCUCCAGAAGGGAGGAACCCGAUCACACCAUGAGUUGAUGGCAAAGCAGGAACUUGGGCCCAAAUCUUCUCACUUCCUACCUAGUGAUCUUAACUAGAAGGUGAAAAGGUAUAAUAGCACUGUUUCUGUGGCUCCCAGGAAAAAAAGCUAACUUUGUCAAACUCAGGAUAGAUCCGUGCGUUAAGUUCUGACAGCCAAACACCCUUUUUUGUCAUACACAAUCUGACACCUGUAGAUUUUAGAUUCUGCCUCUGUAAGAUGGUCAAGAAUCCUGAUAGACUAAUUGAGGCAGCGGGCCUUUGAGUGGCACUGUGUUGGUUGAGUUCCUGCUGGCAGAGCAUUCCUGAUCUCAGUUUGGGGACCCGACAGCCGGCCUGGGGACUGCGUCUAAGCAGCACAGAACUCUCCCCAGAGCUUCUGGCCAGAUUCUCGGCUGCGGAUAAAUUCAGGACCACGGACAGCUCCGCGGUCCUGCCCACUUCUUGGUCCUGGGGAAGAGAAAACCCCGGACUAGCCUGUUCUGGAGACACACUCUUGUCUAUUCUGUGUGGGGGAAGAACUCCGCAUCCAGAAAGAGCAAUCUAAAUUUAUGCCUCAGCCGGCUUCUCCCUCCUCUACAGCCAGGGUGAUUCCAAAGCUAGCUCCAGGGACACGAAGCCUAUUGUCAGGAUGCGCGGCCCUCCGGGGGCUCGAAGCUGCUGGACUCGAAGCUGCCGCUGUCAUUGCUUCUACAAUCAGUUCAUGUUCUUCGCUGACGUCAGUCGGAGCUGUCCUGGUGCUAUAUAAGGCUGGCGGCGGUCCCGGGACAGACCCCGUGCUCCCCAAGGCGUCUUCAGCCCGUCCCGGGGGACAGAGACUGGAGCUCCAUCUCACACCGGGCAGACACUCCGACAACCUGUGAGUGGCUCGGAGCAACGAUCCAGACUCCCUUAGCACCAAGACUCUGCACUCAGCCCACCCACUGCGACCCGCCGGGAGGGAAGGAGGGACAGAGGGGUGGAACUGGACUGGCGCAGCGGCUGGGGCUGGUGGGCAGGCUGUGGACACCGGGCAACAGCCGGAGGGUCCCAGCGGGGGCACUGGGCGUGCGCGAGAAGGGGCUCGUGUCACCUGCGGCUGCUCCAAGCGCACCUCACCCUAUGCUGCCCCUGUGUGUCCAGGGCAGGUGGCACCAUGAGGCAGAGGGGACGCGCUGCGCUCCUAGUGGCUCUGCUGCUCCUGGCACAGCUGCGCCCCGGGAGCAGCCAGUGGAGCCCGGCGGCGGCGGCGGCGGCGGCGGCGGCCGGGGUCCAGGAUCCGAGUCUGCGAUGGAGUCCCGGGGCGCGGAAUCAGGGCGGCGGCGCCCGGGCGCUCCUCUUGCUGUUAGCCGAGCGCUUCCCGCGCCGCGCCGGAGGAGGAUCGGGGACCGCAGGCGAGCGGCAGCGACGGGGCGACCCUCCGCUGUCCAUUGACCUCACCUUCCACCUGCUGAGGACCCUGCUGGAGCUGGCCCGGACACAGAGUCAGCGCGAGCGCGCAGAGCAGAACCGCAUCAUACUCGACUCGGUGGGCAAGUGAUCCGCCCGGUGUGGGCCGGGACCCCCACCCCCCCGAAAGGCUCGACCCUUUCCCCUGCCUACCGCGGGGCUGGAGCGCGCGUGCGACCGAAGCUGGCUCAGUCCCGCGGUGCAGCGCCGCCCAGAGUCACCCUGAGCACUCUGCGUGGCUAUUUUUUUAAAAUAAAACUGCCCAAGAGCUUAGCCUCUAUCUUUCGUCGUGGGGGUGGGGUGGGGGCGCACCGGAAACUACAGGAGGGUGGGAAAUUGUGGGGGAGUGGGGCUCCCCAGACCAGUAGGCGACAAAAAGCAUGCUAAGUGGGGUGGGAGGGGAAGGCUGUCAGUUAAGUCCCUGGGGGCUCAUCGGCCCUCCCCCAGCACGUCCAAAUCCCGGAACUCAGAGGUCCUGAGAUCCCACCCCGGACACCUUUCCGAGGUCUCGGGGUGGGGGGGGGUCAGGGGUCCACCUCUGAUGUAAAGGAGUUGCCCACGAGGGCCUUAUUAUUUCACCUCCUCCCCUUCAAA